GUAUGACCAAUGACGGCAUUUCAAAUAUGGUGGAAGUGGGCUAGCGGGCUGUAUUUUCGUGGGUUAGGAUUUAAUUAUGAGGACGGCAUUCGCGUUACAAGUUAUCACGGACGUAUCAUUGUGGCUUUGCAACUAAUAGCAGCACACGUUUGACGUUCUUGCUAUUUUCGAAACGAGUGACAGUGACCUCUGUGGUUUUUAAAUAAACUAUACCUUUUGAUCUUUAAAUUCUAUAUAGGUUUAAAGUACAGUGCAGUGUUGUACAAUGGUUAUUUAGCCAAUUUUACAUUUAAGAAGAAUGCAGGAAGAUCCUUUCCCAGCAGCAGAACGGAUUCUUUCUGAUAUAGAGUCUGUUUUCAUAAAGGAUCCAGAAUUGAAGGAAUUUGAUAUUCUCCCUAUUACUUUGAAUCAAAACAAAUCUCCUGUUCAUCAUGUUGAAAACUGUUUAGGAUUGGAACUAUGGUGUGUUCGACAUGUUUAUUCUUAUGCAUAUCAUCGCUUAUUUGAUAUGCGUCAACAAAAAAACCGUAGAGCUGAUCCAGAGGUGCAGUCUCGAUUAUUAAUUGGAGCAUUAUUACUGAAUCCCGAUGUUCAGACAUUUUGGAACAUGCGUCGUGAAUUAGUUCAAGCAUGUAGACUUGAUUGUCAUACUGAACUUCGUUUUACUUCUAUUGUUUUGUCUCGAAAACCAAAGUGUUCUGAAGCUUUUUCAUAUCGCAAGUGGAUUGUUACAAAAUUAGUGACAGGUGGGGAAAAUGGACAGUCCCUCUUAAAUCGUGAAUUAAAUGUGGCAAAGACCGCUGCAAAUCGUUAUGCUAAUAACUACCAUGCAUGGCAGCAUUGCAUAUGGAGCUUGGUGCACCUUGCACCUUGUGACAUGUAUCCUGAAAUACAUCUGGAAGAAUGGACAGCUACUCGAAUAUGGGUAUCCAUGCAUAUUUCUGACCAUAGUGGUUGGCAGUAUCGACAGUAUAUUCUCCAACAGUUAUGUGGACCGCUAGGAAGUAAAAUUCCUCAUACUCAUGAAGAAAAUUAUUUGUAUAGGUACAUUCAACCCCUGCUUCACAGUAGCAAUGUGACACAGAAGCCAAGUGAUUCUGAUUCACAACUUCCAAGUGCUAAAGGUGAUCCAGACCAACCAUUUCAAUAUCCUUUUGCCGAGGACAUAAAAAAAUGUUCCAAUAUGAGAAUAGUGCAGUGUUUAAAUUUUGUGUUAUCUGAAAUUGACCUAAGUACUGAUUUAAUAACAAGAUAUCCAGGCCAUGAAGCAUUGUGGUAUCAUCGGCGCUUUCUUCUGUCUUUCUUAAAGUCAUUCAUAGAUCAGAAUAAUUGUAUUAUUAUCAGUGGAGAAAAUUCUGAUUGUAGAAAGCACAAAAACACAUUCUCAAGUACUGCAUUGAACAACUAUGAUUUGAGUGCAGAGUGUGUUUCAUUUCAGUCACGUGCAAGUGGAGGUUCUUCUGGGGAAGUGACAUCAUCAUCUGAUAUUCAUGUUUUUGAAAUAAUUAGAGAAAUGUUGUACCUAGUUGCCCAAGCAAUGUCAAAACAUGAGAAAUGUUUUGUUAGUUCAUGUGUUGCUGGAGAUGAAAACCAACAGAGAUUCUGUUCUCAGUAUAAUACAUGGUUAACUCAAGUGUUACGCCUUUCUGUUUCUACAUAAGAUAUAAGGCUGAAUUCAUAGUCGUCACUUAUAGGAUAAGCGAAGCCUUAAGUGAUAAGUGCUUUCUCAAAAUAAGUGUUCAUUUACAGGCGCUUGUAUUUCAUAGACGUUCCUUUCGACCGCGGAGUAAGUGUUCUCUUAAGAAGAAGGGAAAUGUGACCACAUGGCAUUGGCGGCAGCUGUUUCGACGUUUUUUGGCAACCAAGUUUACACACAUACAUUAUCUUGUGCAAAGGGCGUCCAAUUUAACAGGGGGAGGACACUCCAAUGUCGAAUUGACGUUGUAUUCUGCGACCACUUAUCUCUCUCGUUUGUUGUGUUUAUAAUACUUAACAUCAGUUUCAAUUGAUUUCACAUUAACUUAUGCUCUAGUAUAAAUAAUGUAAAUGGUAUGAACAUAGGCCUGCCAAUAUUGGUAAUGGAUUAUUAACAUAUCAUGUAAUAAAAAUGUCAACCCCGUAUAGUAUUAACAUACAUUCCAUUUUACCACAAUUUAAAUUCACUUGUUAUUCAUAAUUGUAAAUUCAUAAUUACUUAUAAUAGGUCUUAUAAAUAAGUAAUGAGUAAAAGUUAAAAAUUUUGGAAACAUACCUGAAAGUUGCAGAAAAUCUCAAUGCAAUGAGAACUUUUAAUAAGGGAGAAAUUGGCAGUUCUCGUUUAAUCAUUGGGACUUCGUCGAUUGUCAGUUUAAGUAUAUGCAGUACAGUAGUUUUAUUGAAACAAAACCACUUUCAGAAUCGUUCAUCAUUGUACAUUUCCAAUGGGUUGCUCAUAUCUUUUGUAUAUCUCUUUUAAUUUCGCAGUUUGUGUUGAGUAUAAAACUGAAAGUAAUCUUGAAUGUCCUUUUCCAUAACAUUUCACAAAUUGAAUGUUUUAUCUGGCUUCACUAUAUGAAUACAAGCAAAAUGAAUUCGGUUGUCAGACAACGCGGCGUUAACUAGGUUAACGGCUAAACUGGUUACGACUGACGAUGCAAGGGAGCCAUAAGGGACACUUAAAGGAGCAGGCUGCUUCCCUUAUAGGAAUGAGUGCUCACUUAAGACUUCACUUAAGGGCUGUUUAUUAAUAUGAUUUGUGUACUUAGGGAACACUCAGUGUAAGUGACAACUAUGAAUUCGGCUCAUAUUCAUUUAAAAACUCACUGAUUAUAUUGUAUAUAUUUCCUUAUGAAAUUAUGUAUGUUGGUUGAUAUUAAACUUUUAAAAAUGAAAUGAGCAUUACAUGCAAUUGUUUUGCACAAUUUCUUGAAUUUAAAGAUCUGUUACUCUUGAAGUAUUGAUUAAAUGCAAGUUGUAUGCCAGUUUUUUGAUUUUGGGGUUUAAGACAACCUAAUAUAUGCAUACAAUAAGCUAUCUAAUUAGAUAUAAACAGAGUGAAUUAUGCUAAAGAUGGCUAAAGAAUGAAUGAUGUUUUCACUAACUGGCUAAAAAAGGGAAAUUGUUUGAAUUUUGAAUUCUAAUGAAAGCAAAUUAAUUACUUUUGCCCCAGAAAAACGAUAUAUUUUCCAAUUAAAUAAUAUGGCUAAGAAAUGUGGAUUGUAGAUAAUACAUGGUCUUCAUUGAGAUUUAACACUACCCUUAGUUUUGGUUAAUUUACAAAUUGAAAAAACCAAAUGGAAAAACCCCUUCACUAAUAGUCUACUAAUCAAAACAUGCAUCAAUUAUAAAUUGGCAUUUUCAGAUUCAUGUCACUUCAAGAUGGAAGUUUUAAAUAGACUACUUUAUCUUCCAUAUAUGAUGGUUUGGUUCAAUUUUACUAUAAAAUUAAUUUUGCCUUAAUUGUUAUACACUUUAGCUACAAGUCAUUAUUAUUAUUAUUAUUAUUAUUAUCGUUUUUAACUGUGACACUAUCUUAACUUUUCACACUUAUCACACUUAUAAUUAUUAUGUAGUGUGUUUCUCAAUAAAUAUUUCUUUUAAUGGUUGAGAAUAUAAAUAAUUGAUAGUUAACAAAAUCACCCUAUUUUCUGUUUAUGCAGUAAAUAUUCUUGUGCUUUCUAGACUUAUCUAAGAAUCGGAUCACACAUACAUCCUUUACAUUUAGUUAAAAUAGUUUUGCAAUACUUGUUAUAGUGAAGACAUGAUACAUGUAUUAGCCACAGUACAAAUAUAAUGAAAAAAGAAUUGGAUUUUAAGUCUUGAACACAACAUAAUCAUAAUUCUUAGCAAUCUUGUUCUCAACAUGUAUUCUGUAUAUUUAAUUUCUUCUUGGAGAAACCUGUUUUGGAGACCACUUUUCAUCAUUAAUGUAUGAAACAGUUAAGUUGUUUAAUAUCUUUCAGAAACUUCUUGUUAACUGAAAAGGGAUACUUUGUCAUUGUGGAAAUAAAUUUAGUGACAUUCUUUCAUAAGGAAAAUAUGCAAAACUAUGAAAGUAUUGAUAGAAGGAGAGUGAAAGUUGCUAUUAGAGGUUUUCAUUAGUUAACAUAGUAGAAGGAAAUUAAAAGAAUCCAAAAUGUAUUCUCAUGAGAAAAUGUUGCAAGAAGAUAAAAACUUAGAAGAAUAUGUUCAGCAAGAGAGUUUGCUGAAGGAUAAAGCAAGCACAUUAUAGCUUGCAGAGAAGUGGAUCAUUAUAUAUUACUACUCUUCGCUAACUGUAAAUCAGUAUAUUAUAUGACAUUGAAAUAGUAAAUGGAAAGUGGUAGGAAUAAAUAUUUCAUACAGUUUUGUUUAUAUAAUAAGAAAGUAUCUGCAAUUGUUGAGAGAAACAAAGUCACCCGAAUGCACUGGAAUAUAUUUUCUCAUAACUUUUUAGACCUUCUUUAGAAAUAAGUAGAUAUUUCUCUUCAGUGUCAUUUAUUGAAAUGUUUAUAUUUUAUUUAUAUAGUUUUUCAUUUCUCUAAAACCACAAAUCCUGUUAGUGCAGUAUAGUAAUCGGAUGUUCUUACAAUAAUGUUAGAAGAUAAGAUAUUACUAUUGUACAUUGUAUGAUCCUUUUUCAAUGAUUAAUCAGUUGAAUUGUAACUAUGACAAAGAAAAAAAAUGUAGUUUCUGAUACUCGGGAAGCUUGUUCUUAAAUGCAAUGGUUUAUACAAGAGAUGCUAUUUAGAAAGUUUCGUAUUGAAUAUGGCGUAAAGGGUUCCUUAAGAUUGAAGGUCCACAGCUUAUCGAUUCCAAUUAUUUCUGAAGUAGAAAUGCGAGAUUUUGUGAUGUUCGGUGUAAAUUUGCUUUUCUCCUUAUGGCUUUAUUCCAUUUUGGUGCAUAAUAUAGCGCUUGUUCCUAAUCUCAUCUUUGAUACUAAUAAGCAUUAAGGUGUGGACAGAGUAAGUUGAUUUUUAAUUAUCAAGGAAAAAAUAGAAUUGACUCAAUAUGCACAGUAUUAUAUAGGGAGUUUUUGUACAAGUGAAUCAUAAGAGAAGAGAGUGAUGCACAUAAUUCUCUAGUAAAUGUGUUUAGAUGUUGCAGUUUACUGCAACAAUUGUGCUCUUGCUGUACCCAGCUGAGUAUUAGGGAUAAUCUUUUAAGAUGCUUCCAGGGAAUAGGUUACUAAUGUAUACUACAGAAUAAUUCAUCUACAUUUAAGAUGGGUAUUGUGUGUUAAUGAACAAACAAACUUGUAAAUAUGAAGUUAUACAAAAGCAAUUUUACUGCACAUUGUAUGGAUUAGGGUGGUGUUAAAAAAUGAAAGUUAAACAUUUUCUCAAUUUUAACUCUUGGAUCAGUUCAGAAUAAAAAAUAAAUUUAAAAAAUUAGAAAUGAGCUGUGCAAUAUUUCAGAUCAUUAAUAACAAAAUCGUAAUUUAAAAAGGACUUGGAAAUCAAUAUUUUUCAGACUUUCAAAUGUUCUAAUUCUAAAAUGUGUAUCCUGUACUUAAAGAGGUAGCUAAACCCAAAUCCAAUGUCAAAAAUUUGUUUUGAUUUCUUUAAAACUCUCAUUUUUUUGUAAAAAUUAUAUUGUAUUGGAUAGUUAUGAUGAAAGUUGUCAAAACAUAAGAAAAUAAAAAGUUACAUUCAUAUGUUUAAAAAAAAUCACAAUUUCCUAUGUUAAUCCUUUUUAAAUUUCAAACCUUGAGAGGCAUUUAACUUUCAUUUUUCAAAGCCAUCCUUGUAUGCUCAUUUUUUAAGAACUUAUAUUAUGUUAUCUCACAGAAUAACUUGUUCAUUAUCAGCUAGUUUCAGACAAAUACUACUGCUGCAUGUUUACUAAGUGAUUCAUUAAUGUGACUGUACCCAGGAUUCUGUUCAGCCCACGAGUUGAAAGAAAUGUAUCACCUUUGUGGCAACCAUUUCCCUUCUGUGAUAGUAAAGUAUAAAUUAGGAAAUAAGUACAAAAUGUAAUUACUUCAUUACUUGUACCAUAUGGUGGUCAUAUUGGUGAUAUAUUUUUUAUUUAAAAUGAGAGGGAAUUCUUUGCUAGUUUUCUACACAUUCCAGUAUUGUUACUUCAGAUUAUGUAAAUAUCUGUGGUUCAGUUUUGAAUAAUUUCCUUUGAAGUGUCCCUGCAGCUAUUAAUGACUGUGGUUAUUGUAUUUUCUUCACAGAAAAUCUAUCUGCAUGAUGUGUGGUAAAGUCCAUUAUGCAGUCUUAGCAUUAUAAACCAACGUAGCUUUCAGAUUUCUUAAUGAAACUUGGAUUGUACAGAUAAGUGUGUCAAAAAGCACUACUAAUUGCAAACAUUGAGAUAACUAUCUCUUCCCAUCAAUUUUAAAUUGUACAUCUUUGAUGUGUAUCAUAAUCUCUUAUGUAAACACUUAAGUUCAUUAUUUUUUAAUCAAAGAGUUAUUGUAUAUUUAACUGUUAAUUUAAUUUGUCCUGUGUUUUUAUUAAUCUUUCCGUCUCAUUUUCAAUGUUUGCAUUGGGUAGUGAUGUUCGGUUCGUGAUUGUUUCCUCAUACGAUGUCCUAAAAUAUUUACAUGUCAGAAAACAACUCCAAAAAGAAAUAACAAUCUGUUGUAUGUCAUCUGACCAGUAGGCAAAAGCUCUAGUGUACUUGUUGGGAGUGUAUUGGCUGAAAAGAAAGACAAUUUCUUGUCUUGUUCUGAGCAAAUUAUUCUAACAUGCAUUCCUUUUUCACUGUCUACUUCGGUAUGAGAAUAAUUCAUGUACCUGGAUGUGCUUAAAUAUUGAUAAUAGAUUGUAUAAUCAUUAAGAGAAUGAAGAUAAUUUGUUUAACUGAAAUUAGGUUUUUUGUGUAAACUUUUCCAUAUGCUUCUAUAAUAAGAUUGAAAUUAUAUGAUAGAAGUACUCAGGUUUAGCUGCUGUGUUAUUUUAAGUCUCUUUAAAGAACAUAAAAUCAAUAUUUCCUUGUUGUGCCAAAACUUCUAUAUUAAUGGAAAUAAUUCAGUUUAUAAUAUGACCAUACAUUUAUUCAACUCAUUUGCUGAUAUCCUUCUUUUUCUUAAGAACAAAAGAGUAAUGGCAUCAAAAUUUGUGAUAUGUUUGAUAGAUUCAGGAAAUUCAUGAAAAAUUUGCAACUAUCCUAUUUUUCAUGAAAAAAAAAAACAAACAAAAAACCCUUGUAAAAACAGAUAAGAAUACAGUGUUAAUCUUAAUCUCAAAAAUAAAACAGUAUCACAAAAUUACUCACAAUAUACCUAAACAGCUAAAUCUGGUUCCCUGCACUGAAUUUUGAUGGUGCUGAUUAAUGAAAUAAUUGAGCUAUUAUUUUGCUCUAUUGUCAUGUGUCCUGUUGAAAAUUGUGGUCUAAGAAUAUUUUAUGAAGUCUUUCAAUUCAUUGUAUCAUAGGAAGGUGCUCAAAGUAUAGAAUCUAAAAGAGCAAAUGUCUUAGGAUAUAUCUUAAGAUUCUCGUUACUUUUGUGCCAUAGAUUUAAAUCUUAUUGCCUCUGUGGAACUUGAGAUAUGCAAUAAAACUGGUUAAUAAAUUUUGUUAUGCAGUUUCCCACUUGUAUUCACUUUUAGGCAUAAUUACUAGACUUUCU